GGUCUCCUCCCCCUGCUCUGACGCGCGCCUGUGGCUUCCCGGGGAGGAUGGACCCAGCUCGGCGCAUGGCCGGGCUUCCCCGGGCCGGAGAGCUCGUCUGAGUGCAGCCGCCCGCCGGGCAUGGGGAGCCGCGUCCAGGGCUGCUGCGGCAGCGGAGGAGGAUGCUCCGGGGAGCCGAGCACUCCGAAAGAGUGAAUGACAUGAGCAGCGUGGGGAGUCAUUUCUGAAGGGAGGAGCCUUUCUCUCGGAGAGGAUCCUCAAUGAGCCUGGCCGAGGCCCGGGGUCUGUGUGAAGAGGCCUAAGGAUUAAGUAGGAUGUCAACUGAGACAGAACUUCAAGUAGCUGUGAAAACCAGCGCCAAGAAAGACUCCAGAAAGAAAGGUCAGGAUCGCAGUGAAGCCACUUUGAUAAAGAGGUUUAAAGGUGAAGGCGUCCGGUACAAAGCUAAACUGAUUGGGAUUGAUGAAGUUUCCGCAGCUCGGGGCGACAAGUUAUGUCAAGAUUCCAUGAUGAAACUCAAGGGUGUUGUUGCUGGCGCUCGUUCCAAAGGAGAACACAAACAGAAAAUCUUUUUAACCAUCUCCUUUGGAGGAAUCAAAAUCUUUGAUGAGAAGACAGGGGCCCUCCAACAUCAUCAUGCCGUUCAUGAAAUCUCCUACAUUGCCAAGGACAUCACAGAUCACCGGGCCUUUGGAUACGUCUGUGGGAAAGAAGGGAAUCACAGAUUUGUGGCCAUAAAAACAGCCCAGGCGGCUGAACCUGUUAUUCUGGACUUGAGAGAUCUGUUUCAACUCAUUUAUGAAUUGAAGCAAAGAGAAGAAUUGGAAAAAAAGGCACAAAAGGACAAGCAGUGUGAACAAGCUGUGUACCAGACAAUUUUGGAAGAAGACGUUGAAGAUCCUGUGUACCAGUACAUUGUUUUUGAGGCUGGACACGAGCCAAUCCGUGAUCCUGAAACAGAAGAGAACAUUUACCAGGUUCCCACCAGCCAAAAGAAGGAAGGUGUUUACGAUGUGCCAAAAAGUCAACCUGUAAGUGCUGUGACCCAAUUAGAACUUUUUGGGGACAUGUCUACCCCUCCUGAUAUAACCUCUCCCCCCACUCCUGCAACUCCAGGUGAUGCCUUCCUCCCGUCGUCAUCCCAGACGCUCUCGGGGAGUGCAGACAUGUUUGGCUCCGUAUCUUUUGGCACUGCUGCUGUACCCUCAGGUUAUGUCGCUAUGGGCGCCGUCCUCCCAUCCUUCUGGGGCCAGCAGCCCCUCGUCCAACAGCAGAUCGCCAUGGGUGCUCAGCCGCCCGUUGCUCAGGUGAUGCCGGGGGCUCAGCCCAUUGCAUGGGGCCAGCCAGGUCUCUUUCCUGCCGCUCAGCAACCCUGGCCAACUGUGGCCGGGCAGUUUCCGCCAGCCGCCUUCAUGCCCACACAAACUGUUAUGCCUUUGCCUGCUGCCAUGUUCCAAGGUCCCCUCACGCCCCUUGCAACCGUCCCAGGCACGAAUGACUCUGCCAGGUCAAGUCCACAGAGUGACAAACCCAGGCAGAAAAUGGGAAAGGAAAUGUUUAAGGAUUUCCAGAUGGCCCAGCCUCCACCCGUGCCGUCACGCAAACCCGACCAGCCCUCCCUCACCUGUACCUCAGAGGCCUUCUCAAGUUACUUCAACAAAGUCGGGGUGGCACAGGAUACGGAUGACUGUGAUGACUUUGACAUCUCCCAGCUGAAUUUGACCCCUGUGACUUCUACCACGCCGUCCACCAACUCACCUCCAACUCCAGCCCCUAGGCAGAGCUCUCCAUCCAAAUCAUCAGCAUCCCACACCAGUGAUCCUACCGCAGAUGACAUCUUCGAAGAGGGCUUUGAAAGUCCCAGUAAAAGUGAAGACCAAGAGGCUGAGCCAGAGCCUCUCUAUGCGCAGAUCAACAGACCUAAGAAAUAGCAUCAAUGUGAGCUCGUGGUGGGUGCUUCAAGACUGGCAUGGAAAUCAGCAUCACGACAGGCUCUCUUCUAUCUCUCGCCUCACCUCAUCCCACAGAGAAAUUCAUAAUCACCAAUUGAACUGUCCGAAGAGGGAAAGAAAUGUUUUUGGCAACCUAUGACAGAUAUUUAUGGCAGCACAAAAACAAAAAACACAACACCACCCCACAAAAGUAUUUUUUAAAAACCCACACCCAACGUAAAGUCACCAGUCAAGCAAAUGCUAACCUGACAAAGAUCCUGAGCUCUCUCAGCUGGGUUUAAGAAGCCUGUGGAUGUGAAACUAUUAUUGUGCUUUUGUUUUGCUCUCUGUUGACCACUGUAGAGACUGCGGAUCUGGAGUGGCAGGCCUCAGAGAACUGCAACCAGGUCGACACUGACUCGUUUUAUGCAAAAGCAGGGGAUCCUCAUGACCACCGCAUCGUCAUCUAUAUGCCUUUGGCUGUGGUGACGUGUCAUCGUUCCGCAGGGCCUGGUCUGCCAUUCUGUCUAACCCCUUUCCUUUCUUUGUCAUGUUUGAAAAUUAAUAGGUGUACAAAUUUUGUAUUGCUUUUGGCUUUUUUUAGAAAUGGGUGAAGAAGUCUAACUGGGGUGGGGGGUGGGGAAAUGUCACCUCUUAUGAAGUGAAUUAACUUGAAAUCACAAGACAAAUAAGUGAUUGGUUAUUCAUUAUGAUCAAGAAUGUUGCCAAAACAACCCUUUAGUUAUGCUACAUCGUGGUGAAGAAAGACAGUUUUCAGUAGGAACCUUCAUUCUGUGAGCAGGAAAGGACAUCAAAUUCCAUUGAUGAGCAAGAUGGAAAAUACGUCCUAUUUCUUCAGAUGCUCUAAACCCUGAGUCCAAUAAAAUGAUAUUUUUAUUUUUCUGAUACUUCGCUGCUGUGGUACUAUGCAGACAAGUGUCUUCUCCACGUGCCAUUUUCAAAGAAAAGUCAUUUGCCAAAUAAUUCUCAUACAAUUCUGGUAAUGUGGUUUUUGACCAACUUUCUAAUGGAACAAUGGUAACAAAAAUAUUCAGUAUAACAAACUGAUCCUGUGGUCAAAAUGGUUCAUCUCUAUCUCUUUUUGUACAUCGGAAAAUUCAAAUGGGAUUUUUAUUUUCUAACUUGAAAAGAAAAACCUUACCAUUAAACUCUUUAACUAAGGGAAAUGGCUUUAAGGAGUUCUAAUGAAAAAAAAAAACUUGUCAGCUUUUUUUGUAAAUAUAAAUGUCAAUGAAGAUGCUUUUUAAUAAUACCAUUACACUGUAGAGAAGGUAGCAGAUUGAGUGCAAGGUGUGACAAGUGUGAUGUAUGGGGCUCACUUUCCACAUGUUAUUCCAGAGCAAAUGAUAGGUGAUCUGAGUUCAGAGACAGCUGGCAGGCAGCAGUGAACCAACCAAUCAGCAGCUAGUGAACAGGAAGGGGCGGGGCGGGCUUCAUAGCUGGCUUUUCCUGAAGAGUCCUCACUCUAAGCUCAAAGUAAGAGAAAGGCAGUUCACACUUAGAAGACUUGACCUUCCGAUUUGGGAACUCUCCCAUCUCUCCCACUUACUGUUCCAUAAAUCACUGGACUGAUUGUACAUGAAACAAAAGAAUUUCAGCUUCCUGUUUUUACACCUAUGAAACAAAAAUGUAGUGUUCAGUUCAUAUCUUUAGCACACGACUUUCAUAAAGAAUCUAUAUAUUUUUGCCCUAUAUGAAAUUGUUAUACAGGUCAAAUGUGUUUCUUAAAGCUCCUAUGCAGUUGUGGUAUGUUGGAUUUAGUGAUUUAACACUAAGAAGGAAACCCAAGAAUCAUGGGAUUAAAUUUGGAGGUAAUUAUUAUGACUCAGUUUUAAAAUUUGAGCAGUAGAACUUACCUUGAUGUGAUUCAUUGAAAUAGACCCAUGUGCUUUAGUGUCUUUGUAUCAAUAGAAACUAUAAAAUGGUUUUGGAAGAUUGAUUUUAAAGUGACUGUUCACACAAAAAUCAUUAUAUGACAUUAAGAUGAUUGUUAUUAUUUGAAGCCCACACUUUACAGUCCGAUUGCUGAAAUCUAAUUUUUCCUCAGAUACAUAAACAGACCACAUGCCCAUUAGAAACUGUAUGUAAAUGUUCCUCUACUUUGGAAGGUCCCAGGAACCAGGGAAAUGUGAAAGGCCAUUGACCACCCCCAAAGCUGCUGCCUCUUGGUACAGGAUUUCUCCAGAAACAUGCAUCCAUCCUUGUAAUGCUUAGGUGAUCCUCUCACAUGGAGGAGAAGUGGGAAGGUGUGAUAGCUAUGAGAGUUGUCCUGAAAGCACUUCGGUUAUUCUGAAGAGUUAUCAAGAUAGGCAGUUUCCCAGAAAGCUGCUUCGGUCAUGUGGUGUCUGAUGCUGAUGCUAUACAAGUGGUGCUAUCCUCUCCCUCAGUAUGGCUGUCUGAGUUUGUCCUACAGUGUCACACCCUUAUUCCAAUUCUUUGGGUUGCUCCUGACACACUCAAAGUGAACUCUGGCUGAUAUUGUUCCAGGAACACUGUCUGCAGUCAGUUUCAUAGGAGGGUGUCAUCCUUCAUUGGACAUGACUGAAAAUGUAACUGGCUCAGAACUUAGGGAGAUGCCCAGCUGACAUUAAAAUGAGGGAAAUAAAGUCGAGAUUUUUUUAAAACUGCCAUCUAUAUUCUCAUUGGAAGAAUUUUUAUUUUUUUCAAGCACCAUUUGGUGAGCCCAGAGCCACCAUACCCUAUCCCAGGAACACAGUGACAUGUCCAAACAAGAGCUGAGGUAUCAAUACCAAAAGAGCGUGGGGAUUCUGCACAGUUCCGGUUAGAUCAAUAGAAAACCCAUGUGUACAACUCUUAAUUCCUCAUCCUCCCCUAGCACUAAAUUUGUCACUUUAAAUUUUGAAACCAGGGAAAUGCCACCUGUCAUUCUGUCCCCAUUCCCCAUAGCUCUUUGAUCUUUACAUGACUCAAGACUUUUUUGAUAGUGUGUACUCAUCCCAGUGUCUACAGAAACCCCAUCAUGUAAUGGACCGGGCACCUUCUUUUAAAAAAAUGUUUACUCUCUGGGUUUGGUUCAUUUCAAUUUCUGUGUUCUGACACAUAUUUUUUUAAUAAAGAUGAGAAAGAGAAAAAUGACUGUUGCAGUAUGUUUCUAGACCUACUUUAACUUUACCUCAGAUGACAGUUUGUUAACAUAAAUGGACACAUUAUUUUUAACUUUAUGUACAAUGCAUUCAACAGAACAGCAAAAUUUUUAGAAAUUUUCCAUUAAUUUCUGUAACAUGCCAUGUAAAACUGUUACAAAUAAACAUGUUUGAGA